CAGAGUUUUGGGGAGUUGUUGGACAGCCAUUGCAGUGUCGUGGCUCAGUAACAAAACACGAAAAAGGAGAGGAAGACCUGGCAUCUCGCAGGCUCUCUUUUUUGACCGGGAGACCAAUUUACAUGAGUAUAAGAGCGAACGCACUCGUUAAAUCAAUCUACACCUAAAUAACGGGAUUCAACAGCUCCGGAUAUGUCAUUCCUAUUCGAUUGGAUUUAUAGCAGUUUCAAUAGCGUUCUACAGUUUUUAGGACUGUACAAGAAAUCCGGCAAGUUAGUAUUUCUUGGCCUGGACAAUGCUGGCAAAACAACGCUACUGCACAUGCUCAAAGAUGACAGAUUGGGACAGCAUGUGCCAACUUUACAUCCAACCUCGGAAGAGUUGACGAUUGCUGGCAUGACUUUCACCACUUUCGACCUUGGAGGCCACGCACAAGCCCGCAGAGUGUGGAAAAACUACCUCCCUGCUAUUAAUGGCAUUGUCUUCCUUGUGGAUUGUGCGGACCACAUUAGAUUGGGCGAAUCAAAAGCAGAACUUGAUGCAUUAAUGACAGACGAGACCAUCGGAAAUGUGCCUAUCCUGAUCCUGGGCAACAAGAUCGACAGAUCAGAAGCCAUCAGCGAGGAGAGGCUGAGGGAAAUGUUUGGAUUGUACGGACAGACGACAGGCAAGGGUAACAUUCCCAUGAAGGAGCUGAACACAAGACCACUGGAGGUGUUCAUGUGCAGUGUGUUGAAGAGGCAGGGCUACGGCGAGGGCUUCCGCUGGCUCUCCCAGUACAUCGACUAAAGAAGCCAAGCUGCCAUAACGUACCAACACCACCACCACCAUCAGGGGGGCGCUAAACCCAACCACUCAAGACGCCCACCGUUGCCACCAGUACCAUCAUACUCAGCCCCAUGUUUGGUUAAACAAGUCUGCCUCCACCUUCAGAGAAACCAGUACAACUUGAUCCCAAUAGACUUUUAUUGGUCGAACAUUUGGUUCCGCACUUACAGCAUUCAUACCUGUACGCGCGCACACACACACACACA